AUGACCUCGCAGCGCAAAAGCGAUUCCGAGUAUGCUGAUACGUUGGGCGGUAGACUUGGAGAGGAUAAGUCGACGCGGAACCAGAAACGCCUACCUACUCAAAACGACGAAGAGAGAUUAUUGCCCGGCAAUACCAUACGGUCCGACCCUGCUGCGGUAAAGAUUGUACCUGGAAGUGUGGGGCAAAAGUAUGGUCGCAAGAGUAAAUUGAAUAUUCAAGCGUUCAAACCUUACGAUACAAUUUCACGGCGUGUUCGAGAGAGUGGACCAGUUCGCGCGCGAGGGAAAGCAGACCAGAGCAGCAGCAAUCAAAGAAGUACUAGAGGUAUCGUCACCCGUCCAGGAAAUGGUGUCGUACACGACGAUCAGGAGCGGCCGUCGAAACGUCGGCGCCGAGAGAGCCAGGACACUUUUGGAGGGGUCAUAAGCAUUCCCGACGAUGAUAUAAUGGAGCAAAUCCCCCCAGAUAGCUCAUACCUCGAUAGAUACUCGAACCGUUUAUCGCCUGCACUUAGUCAACAUUCGGAAAGAACAAAGCUACGGGAUCCGAAUUCUAAACGCAAUAGAGUUGACGAGUAUCGUGACGUGGAGAGGGGCAUUAAACCCCCUCGAACUCCCAAGCCAGGCUCGAUAAAGUACCCUCAAUUAUCUUCGGAUGAAUACUACGAAGAGCGAUUUACUGAAGACGCAGCCAGAGAAAGGCGUGCAAUGGCGUCAGACGUGGAACCGGAGUCAACCAAAUUGGCGUGGCCAGAUCGAGCGGGAAAACAUGAAGCUAUUGAGAGUAUUGAGGUACAUUCGCCUCCGUUGAAAGAACAACAAGAUGGACCGAAUCUCGAUUGUCCUUCCGUUGCAACAGAUCAGAAUCAUCUAGACAAUUCGAGGGACAGCCCUGAUGAACUGCAAGGAGGCGCAACCGUCCAACCAGCACCCAUGUUACUGAAAAGAGGCCGUGAAAAGGACACCAGCAUUGCUAUGUCUGGACUCAAAGAACAUCCGGGUGUAAUCGGUCGGCUGGCUUCUCCAUCCGAUAUACAGCCUACGAUAUUCACAGGCUCCUCCCAAACCCAUCGGAAAUCCGACAAACGGAGAAAGGCCCCGACCACACAAGUCAAAUUAGCCGUUAAAUGCUUCUAUGCCACCUUCGUUCGAUUUGGGCUUGAUGAACACCGGUCAAGUGAAGCAUUUGAAAUAAAUGUGGAGACUACAGAGACUACAGAGACUACAGAGACUAUUAUAACAUAUCCUUGGAACGGUGAAAGAAUUUCUCUUGGGAGGCUUGACAAGGUCGUACAAGGGAAGCCGCCUAGUCGGAGAGUUCGGCUACUGUUUUCCAGAAAAGGGGGGCUUGAUAACGAGAUGGACAUGGAAUUUUCCACGUCCGAGGAGCAGGAAACUUUAUGUAAUCUCUUACAGAGAUUGCUGCAUGGGCAACAUGUCCAGCUGCAGUACAAGCGCGACGAUUGGUUGGAAAAUUCAUUCAUGAGACGAUCCGAAGAUCUCGCGGAAAAGAAAGUGAAUGAAGCCAAGCACCUUGGCGAAGACAAGCCAAAAUCAACAUUGUACAAGGCGCCAGAAGUCGCUAAGAGAGUGAAAUUGUCGGAUUCUUUGCAAGACAAUAAUGAGAAUACUGCCGGACAAAUACAGCCUUCGGAUACCGCUUCGGUGGAAUGUUCCAAAUCCUCAGCAACAAAAACUCCGGGAACCUUGAACGCCCUAAGCACACGAGAACCACCCUCAAAUGAACAGGGAGCGGACAAAGUUCCCGUGAAGAAAUCUUCCCCCAGAUCAUCAUUCUCUAAUCGGGCAACACGGUCAAUGUCGCGUCGGGCACCAGCAACAACAGUCGUCUGUGAUGAUGGAGUUGAGGACGAUGGCUCUCAGCCAAAGGCUGAAGAGAAAGAUAAGAAGUGGCAUAAACCGCUUGUGUAUCCCCGCUUUGGCAAGAAAAAAGCUGAGGUUGAUGCCCAAGACCGUGAACGGCUGCGUGAUAACGAGUUCUUGAAUGAUAACCUCAUAGGCUUCUACAUGCGUUUUCUUGAGGAUCACUUAGAGCGGACUAACAAGGAGGUAGCGAAGAGAGUAUAUUUCUUCAACUCGUACUUCUUCGCAACCCUGACAAACGCCAAGGGCAGAAGAAAUAUUAAUUAUGAAGGUGUCCAAAAGUGGACUCGCGCCGUUGACAUUUUCGGAUUCGAUUACAUCGUGGUCCCUAUCAAUGAAAACGCACACUGGUACGUCGCUAUCAUUUGCAACUUGCCGAACUUACCUGGUAUUGCCAACGAAAACACGGAGAACCAACAACCUUCUGAAUAUGACAAGGACAGUUCGGCGGCACCGGAGAGUGAAGGCCGCGAAAUCCCCGAAACCCCUGAACCUAUCGAAGAGCUACCUGCUGGUAUAACAGUGAAGGCCAAUGACAACCAAAAUUCGGAACCUGCGAAAGAAGAAGCAACCCGGCGGUCAUUUGAGACAAUGAGCUUGUCAGACAAGGACGAACUUGAAGACAGUGCACCGGACUUGCCCCCUAAAGAGUGGCCAGAGCAAGAAGAGAACCUUACCUUUUCUCCCGCCAAGUUCUCUAGCCCUGCAGCUAAAGUGGAGUCCACCCAAAUGGCUAGCACGGCAGGGACUUCUGAGCUAGCAGCGUCUCCCCAUAAGGGCUCGAAGAAGAAGAAGAAGGCAAAGCCCAGCGGAAAGCCUGGGGGUGCUCGAUUCGAUAUUCGUCAAGUAACUAUAAUUACUUUUGACUCAUUAGAUCUGUCUCGCUCGCCCACCAUCAGUAAUCUCCGCGAUUAUCUUUACGAAGAGGCCAAAUCUAAACGUGGCAUUGAGAUCGACAGAAGCUUAAUCAGAGGCAUGAGGGCUCGUGCGAUCCCUUUGCAGUCUAACUAUUCAGACUGCGGUCUAUACCUUCUAGCAUACAUAGAGAAGUUUGUUCAGGACCCAGACUUGUUUGUCAGGAAGCUUCUCAGAAGAGAAAUGAAGACACAAUAUGAUUGGCCGCUUCUAAAGUCCGGUAUUCUUCGACGUCGACUGCGUGACUUUUUGGACGAUCUCUAUGAUGAGCAGGCGCUAUUAGACUCUGAAAAAGCAAGUGAAAGGGGAAUUCUGGCAGAUAAAUAUCCGAUAUCUUACCUUCUAGGGUCCUCUACAUCGACAUCCUCCCAAAACGAAGAAUGCAAUGACUCGCAGAAGCCGCAACUCAAGGUCUGCUCAAAUCCUGAAAUAGAUCCGCAAAAGCACCCGCUUAGAAAACGGAGACCAGCCUCGAACCAGUCGAGUCCUGCGACAUACGACGGUGACCAAGCCUUCAAAGCGGAGAAGGAUGGUGCGCAUGAAAUAGCGCCCAGCCUUAAGAGCCCAGUCGUGGAAAUUACCGUUCCAAAUGUAUCAGGCAAAAUAGACCAUAAAGUUGUCGAGGUCCAGGUCCCUAACAGUCAGGAGCAAGUUCAGGAAGCCAGCUCUUGUUCGUCGAAGAUGCUCAAGGAGAAAGACAAGUCUCCAAACGAUCUAGCAGCGAUGAAGCCGGUAGAUCACAAAGUGUGUCCGGUCGAAAAUAAAGAAACGAAAAAGGCUAGGCAGCCAGCGAAGCUUCAAACAGUCGAAGUGCAGAUUAUACCACCGUCUUAUCAAGGCAACAUAAAGAAUCAGCACUCUGCCAGGCAAAACCCCAAAUAG